AUGGGUUCUCAGAGCAGCCCGCAGGUGCAGCAGAAGGUGAGCCGCAACGAGGAUCUCCUGGCCCCGGCACAGGCAGCGAGCCCUGGAGCCUCCCAGGUACCGCGCUACGUCCGAGUCAACACCCUGAAGACUUGUGUGGACGAUGUGAUCGACUUCUUCAAGCGCCAGGGCUACUCCUACCUGGGCAAGGCAACCAGUGUGGAGGAACUGAGAGCCCUCUCUGGGAAGAAAUUCUUACUGGAUCUUCAUCUUCCGGAGCUGCUGGUUUUCCCUCCGCAGACAGACCUCCAUGACAACCUGCUGUAUACUUCAGGACACAUAAUUCUGCAGGACAAGGCCAGCUGCCUCCCUGCCUUCCUCCUUGCCCCUACUGCCGGCUCCCACGUCAUUGAUGCCUGUGCUGCCCCUGGGAACAAGACCAGCCACCUGGCUGCCAUCCUGAAGAACAAGGGCCAGAUUUUUGCCUUUGAUGUGGACACCAAGCGCCUGGCCACCAUGAACACCAUGCUGAUGCGGGCUGGCGUCACUGGCUUCCAGCUGGCCCAGCAGGACUUCCUGACUGUGGAUCCCGGAGACCCCUGCUACAGCAAGGUCACUUAUAUCCUUCUCGACCCAUCCUGCAGUGGCUCAGGGAUGGUGACCCGGGGGCCGGGGGAGGAGGCUGCCCCGAGCACUGAGAGGCUGCAGGCGCUGGCUGGUUUCCAGCGCAAGGUCCUGAGCCAUGCCCUGAGCUUCCCGGCUCUCCACCGCCUUGUCUACUCCACCUGCUCGCUGCACCGGGAGGAGAAUGAGGACGUGGUGCACGCGGUGCUGCAGGAGCAUGGCUCAGCCUUCAGGCUGGUGAACACCUUCCCCUCCUGGCCCUGCCGAGGACUUGCCACCUUCCUCGGGGCGGAGAGCUGCCUCCGCGCCUCUCCUGCCGACACGCUGACCCACGGCUUCUUCGUGGCUGUCCUGGAGCGGUGUGGGGAAGAGGCUGCUGCCCCCAGCUCCCUGCAUGUGGCAGCUGAGGAGAACCCACAGCACGGAGUGACAACAGAGCCAGGAGCAGCUCCCAAGAAGAGGAAGAGGAAAAAGAAGCAGGUGAAGGAGUGAAAUAACAUUUUUUGGGCAGCACCGUGCCCAGCUGGGGCUGGCAGGGAGUGCUCCUCCACUGCCACCUGAAUACAAGUAAAGCUUUGUGCCAGCUGCAGCUGUGGUGAAAUUGUGUAAGACCCGGCUCCCCUGCACCCAGGGUCAGCCCUGGGGUCACCCGAGGGCCAGGGAGGGGGAACUGGUCCUUGCAGCCAGCCCCCAGCUGAAGGUUUGCCCCCAGAGCCAGACCUGGGCAGGGGCAGCCUUGGGAGGGCUGCAGACAGCCACCAUUUCUGCACCCUGCAGGGCUGGAGCGCUCCAGCUGGAUUAAGGGUGUUAUUUUAUCUUGUUCCCUCCACAAAAUGUCCUUACUCCAGCCUGAUGUGGGGUUUCAGAAAAGCCUUUGACUGUAAGGAUGAAGCAGAUUAAAAGUUUCUUUCUCUGCCAUAUUUUCCAGCAUGUUUGUGCGGUCUUGUCCUGAAACUACCAAAGCAAAGGAGGGAGGAAAAAAGUGAAAUAAUACUACUAAUAAUAAUCCUGUCUGUGCACCUGCCUUUGAACAGCAGGAAUGAGGCACACGCAGCAGAGGGCCCUGUGCUGCACCAGCAGUUCCUGGCCCUGCUUAGGCCCAGGAAUCCAAGGGGCAAGGCAGAUGUGAACACAACCUUUUUAUUUUAAACUGGGAAUAGAAGAAGCAAGGAAGAAAAUUGCACAUUCACACUAAAAAUCCUCCUCAGCCACACCAGGAAUGAUCCAAGUCCUCAGUUUUGAGUUAAAACCCAGCCUCCCCCUGGCUGUGCCUGCAGCCCAAGUGCCAGGGACUAUCUGGGCAGAGAGGGGACACGGCUUCCGUGUGGGGAGGGGAAGGCUGGAAGAGCCCCUGGCAGCACCACAGCAGGUGCCUGCCCGCAGGCUGCUGCCCACGUGUCCUCUGUCCCACCUCGCCACCUUCCUGCCUGCUGGGAGAGACGCCCUGGCACUGUAACACGCCAGAGCUCCUGGGCCUCCUUCUCGGAGAAUUAAAAAAAAACCAAAGGCUUAGUCACAUCCACAUACAUGACAUUUUAAAAUUAAGGGGGUUACAGGCAGGGAGGGGCGUGCAGCGGCAGAGCCUGCAAGAUAGGGCUGCUUUCCCCAGUACAGCCAGUUCCUGCGGGGCAGGGCCAGGGCACGGCCGGGGCACAGCUGAACACUAGCAACAGCGUGGGGGGGCUGGCAGCCUCACUGAACCAAGCUUGAAGGAAUUCAAAGGCAAUUUAGCUUAAAUAUAAAAAUAAAUUUUUGUUAAAAAAUGUUUAAAUAUUUGUGUGGUUUUUUUUUCUUUUUUUUUUUUUCUUUAAUUUAGACUUCAGCAGACACACACACUCACACGGCUCGGAGAGUAAAAAACCUGGCAGCAAAGCACUCCUGGAAGUGGUGGGGAUCCCACAGGUGGCAUGGUGCUCAUCCCUCACUCAGGGCAGGGUGGGAACAGCUUUUGGGUGACCCCCGGCUCCAGCAAUCUCCUCCCUCAGGAGCUCCCAGGCAGGGGAAGGUCUGGAUGGGAACAGAGGAGGCAGUGCCAUAGCUCCUAGGAGCUGGUAAAACCGAAAAGGAUGGGAACAAGCUAAAAAUAAAAAAUAAUUUGUAUUUGGGGAGGUGGGGGAACCCAUCUGCUCCAGACUCCUCCUGUUAGCAGCUCCAGAGCACCCCAAGGUGGGGAAGGGGCACCAGAAGAGAGGGGAAGGGAGGGGAGAGACUGCCAGGGCUGGGGUCCCCCCACCCAGGGGUCCAGGCCCCAUCCCCCCC